GGGCGUGCUGUCACAACAACCCUUAUCAAGAAGCACAACAAUCAAUAUUCUCGUGAAUCAUCGUCGCUUUCAUUUAUAAAACUGUGUUUGGAAUAGUUACAGGAAAUUUGAUUUUAGAACCUGUAAAUAAUGUUCACCCACUUAACAGGCGGACGAGCCAAUGUUCAAUUAUUGCAAGAAGCAGCAGUACGCGACCUAGUGGAAAUUCUAGAUCGCUGUGAAGGAACUAAGGCUAUUGUAUGGGAUGAAUCUCUAGGCGGCCCGGUCGGCCUGGUGGCACGAUACACUUUUCUUAAGGAGCAUCAUGUCACAAAAAUGUAUGCCCUCCGGCCGGAACCAUGGUCCGACAUAGAUGUGAAGAAUAUCAUUUUCAUUACCCGGCCCAAUCAAACCCUGAUGGAUUACAUUGCCAAUAACAUUCAUGAGGAGGAACGCAAGAAGAAAAUAUCCAGAAAGGAAUACUAUUUGUAUUUCGUACCCAAGAAAUCAUUCCUUUGCGAAAAACGUCUUCAGGUGAAAGGCGUUCUCGGAAGUCUGACACACAUCGGAGAAUUCAAAUGUGACUUCUUCCCUUUCGAUAAUGAUCUGCUAUCGAUGGAACUGAAGGAUGCUUACAAAGACUUGUAUUUAGAUCGCGACACGUCCUGCCUUCAUCAAUCUGCUUGCGCUCUAUUAGCUUUACAAAAACUGUAUGGUCGCAUUCCCAAAGUCUACGGCAUUGGGAGUUGUGCCCAAAGAGUUUGGGAGCUAACCAAGACCAUGAUAAAUGAAGAACAAGCCAUUCCAAGUAUCGACAAGGGUGUGAUAGACCAAAUGAUAAUAUUGGAUCGUUCUGUUGAUUUGAUGAGCGUCCUUGCCACCCAACUGACAUACGAGGGACUAAUCGAUGAAAUAUUUAGCAUCAAUAACACGACAGUCAAUCUUCCCUCCGAGAAGUUCAAUUCCGGUGAAGGGUUUUCCGUGGAACGGAACACUGAGAAAAGCCCGUUCAUAUUGAAUUCAAAGGAACAGUUAUAUUCGGAAUUACGAGAUAAACACUUCAAUGCUGUAGGGGCCGUGCUUUCAAGGCUUGCCAAAUCUAUUCGUUUGAGAACUAAUGAGAAUCACGGUGAGAAAUCUAUUCAAGAGUUAAAGAAAUUUGUCGAAAGUUUGCCCCACAUUAAAGCAAACGAGCAAUCCCUAGCCACCCAUACAAAAAUAGCGGAACUGGUUAAGGAUGUCAUUUCGUCGGAUAAUUUCCUAGAUGAACUUGCUUGUGAGCAAGAGUUCAUGAUGUGCUCCGACGUAGAUAAACCGAACACUUUCAUCGAAGAUCUGAUCGCCAAGCAGACCCCUCUUCGAAACGUUCUCCGUCUCAUGUGCAUGCAGUCCAUAGCAGGUUCGGGUUUGAAACCCAAAGUGCUGGACUACUACAAGCGAGAACUUGUGCAGGUAUACGGGCUGCAAGUGCUCCUCACAAUUGGAAACCUUGAAAAGGCAGGGUUGCUAAAAAUACAAACCGGAGUCCGAACGUACGCCGUGCUUAGGAAAACGCUGAACCUCACCGCCGAGCAUCCCGAGGAAGUAUCACCCAAAGACAUCACCUACGUCCACAGCGUGUACGCUCCACUUUCCAUUAGGAUUGUCGAACAGCACUUGAAAUCGAAUGGCUGGCAAAUCUUAACCGAAAUUCUACCCAGACCUACAUUCGAGGACUAUCAAGCGACGUCGACCCUCAGCAGUCGUCGAGGGUCGUUCACAUCGGAGAUAUCUCAGUCAGAUAUUCCUCGGGUGAUAGUGGUCUUUUUCAUCGGAGGGUGCACGUUUGCCGAGAUUUCUGCGUUACGUUUUCUCGCACAACAGGACGAGAACAAUGUUGAAUUUCUUGUGUGUACUACGAAGCUGAUCAACAAGAAUAGUUUCAUGGAUGCUUUCAUUGAAAAAUACUGAUUAUAUCAUAAGGACAGAAAGUAUGAUAAAUAAGCUAUAAUAAAUAUAUGUAUUCCAUUUA